AUGGACAUAUCCGAAAGCGUUGGCAUGGGCCGUUGGCAGCUUCCUCCAUUGCUGUUGACAUUACUCCGAGGUGUUCCUUCAGCCAUGCUUAUGAUGAUCAUAAACUUUGCUGCUCCGAGAACCCGAAUAUGGUGUAACAAUGACCUGGAAGAUCACGAGAAUUUUACAAGGCGGAACAACCUCAGUGAAAAUGAAUCUGCGACGCUUGGAGAAUGCUGGACGAAAACAAAUGAUUCCAUUGUCGAGUGCAAGAGUUGGAGUUUUGACCACUCUGUCUUCUCUUGGACCAUCACGGAAGAGUUUCACCUUGUGUGCCAGCGGGCUUGGCUUCGGGCAAUGUCGCAGUCGUUCUACAUGGUGGGAAUGCUCAUGGGAAACCUUAUAUUUUCGCAUUUGUCUGACAGGUACGGACGUAGAAUAUCUGUGAUAUUAUCAAGCUUCUUCGUGCUCGUUUUCGGCUUCCUUGGUGCCUUCAGCCCGUCCUUGACAGUAUAUAACGUCACGCGCGUUUUUGCAUCUAUUGGCACCGGUGGUCUACAAAGCACGUCCAUAACUCUGUGUACGUGA